AUGCAGAUUGUGAACGGAUCGUUGCCGCGCGUGAAGCGGCGGAGCAAGCCCGCGAGCCCCACGGAGCGAUUAUGGACCUUGAUGGUCAUCUGCGGAACCAUGCUUUUCUUCGUCUUCCUCCUCAUCCUCUCAGGCACGUCGCCUAAGAGCGAGCAGACGGCACCAGUGCUGGAGGUGGGGACAGCACCAGACAGUGUGCGGCAGCACAUAGCCGAUUCAGACACUCAGAGCAGCAGCAGUGGAGGCCAUAAAGGAAAGGAGGACUCGACUGAUUCCGGCGGGAAACUCCAGAUAUUCUCAGGUGCCAUGGCGGGUAUGCUGAGCAGCGACGAGCCCUUCACGCUGUUUGCUCCCUCAGAUGACUUCCUAUUGGACAUCAGCAGCGUCUUUCACAAGUACCCCAGAACAAAGGAAAUGAUCGACCCCAUGUUGAGUCGGCUAGUGGGCUACUCUGCUGUGCCUCGCCGCAUCCCAGCAGCGGACAUCCCGCUGGGGGCGUUUGAGCGGUUGGAGUCGAUAACAGGGUUUAUCAUCAACGUGGGGAGGGACCCGCGCACUGGACGGAUUUUCGCAAAUGGUGUUCCGAGCAAGCAGGUGGACAUCCUAGAAGGCCAGCUGGUGGUGCAUCUGAUAGAUGGCAUGCUGGGGCCGCUCGACUUUGUGGAGUCGGUGAGAAGCAUGGACCCUGAUGAUGUCAGCAUGGAGGCAGCUCUUGAGCAGGAGUUUAAUUCUGGGGCGUUUGUGCGCGGCAGUGAGAGCAGUGGGGGCGGGGGAGGGGGCGGGGGAGGGGCUGGGGGAGGGGGAGAGGGAGGCGGAGAGGGCGGAGGAGGAGGCAGCGGGAAGGGUGGGGACAAAGGAACUAGGCAGGGAGAGUCUGGGCAGGCUGCGCAGGGAGAGCAGCAGCAGCAGCAGCAGCAGCAGCAGCAGCAGCCGGGAGGGGACGGUCAGGCAGAGAAAGUUUUCUUGCCUGAGGAGCAGACAGAUCUGGGUGCUGCUGUUGCUGCCGCUGCUGCUGCUGCUGGCCUUGGUCUUGGUGGUGGGGAUGGAGCAGGAGGGGGAGGGGGAGGAGGAGGAGCUGAAGGGGAAGCGGGUCACUCUAUAGAGGGACAGGGAGAGAAGCAGGGUGGUGCUGGGAAUGCAGCAGCAGGGGAGGGCGGUGGGGAAGCAGUGAAUACAACAGGGGCGGAGGGAGGAGGAAGAGCAGGUGGAGGAGGAGGUGGUGGUGGGGAAAAUGGGGGGAAUGGGGAGGGUGGGGGUGCUGCAGCGGGUGGGUUUCAGUGGUUUGGGUUUGGGAAGGGAGGCGCAGCUUCCAAGAAGGAGCCGGAGGAGGACCCUGUGGAUAAUCUGCCUGUGUUGAAGCCGGAAGUGAUUGCUCAAGAGCAGGUGCGGUGGGGUUGCUGGGCUCUGGGCACAGGUAAGUGUGUGGGGAGCAGGGCUGGUUUGAGUGGACAUCAAACACACUCAGAGGACCCUGUGGAUAAUCUGCCUGUAUUGAAGCCAGAAGUGAUUGCUCAAGAACAGGUGCGCGAGGAGUUGACUUGUGUUGACUUCAGGGGUGUGCGCGAGGAGGAGAAGGCGAAGCCAGGAGUGGAGGUGGACUUCAGGGGAGCACACAAGGGAGCAUCUGUAAUCGAGGUGCCUCCACCUGUGGAUCCCACCAAGCUACCCUGUUUGGGCCGGGGCAUUCUGCAGGCAGACAGCAAGUGCAUCUGUGCUGUGCUCUAUGGCGGGGAUAACUGUGAGGAGACCCGCAACACGGACAAGCUGACUGUUGACCCCUACGUGGGAAGCUACCUGCUCACAGCACAGGCCCUCAUGCCGCCACCGCCGCCAGCAGCAGGAGAGGAGGGAAGCAGCGGAGGGGGAGGAGGGGGAUCGGCUACGCGAUCCGCUAUGCUGCUGGAAGGGCUGUCGAUUGAAGAGAGGCGGCAGCUGCGGGCUGUGCUGCCUUUGACAGACAUCUAUCAGACCACUGUAUGGGAGACGUGUGCUGUGGUGGGUAAUUCGGGUGCGCUUCUGCUGAGGGAGGAUGGGGAGGAGAUUGACAAGCAUGACAUGGUUUUGCGCUUUAACACAGCACCCACUAAGGGGUACGAGAAGCAGGUGGGGAAGAAAACCACGCUCCGUCUCAGCAUACCUGACAAGGCGGGUUUCAGGGAGGGCAACGAAACUGUGGUAUACCACCUGUACCUGAGGGGUGUGAAGGACGAGUUGCAGCAUCUUCUCAACUUCAAGCGGGUCUUCAGGGAGGGGCCUUUAUACUUGCUGGACCUGGGAUUUGAAUCACAGGUAUUCAACACCUUUGGCGCCUUCACAUCAGUGGGAUACGUGGGGAUCCAAUUCGCCCUGCAGAAGUGCCACCACAUAGACCUGUACGGCCUAUUCUUAAGCGAGAGGCACGGCGUGAGGCACCACUACUACAAUCGGGACGAGCAGAUGCCGGCGCAGGUGACAAUUGACCAGCUGGACCGGGAGUUCGUUCAGAGCAUUGAGAUCGCCGACGCGGAGCUUAUGUGGAUUGCAGAUCCAUGCCUUUACGACUGUCGAAGGUCGGUCCAGCGAUGCAGCAUGUGCAUGCGAAUCUCAGUGGACGAGUUGAGCCAGAAAACAGAGUGGACGAGUCAACAGCUGGCCCUAAAUUCGCGCAGGGAGCAGCGGUGGCGGGAGUUCCUAAAGUGGCAGCUGGUGGUGCGAGAGGAGCUCAAGAAGAGCGUGCGGCUGCAGUUCCAGCUGCAGGCAGAACAGCGACGCAUGCGCUCCUCCUCAGGCGGACUUGCAGGGGGGUCCCGCAUGGACGGUUUGGGCGGAGAUGGUACCGGUAAGAGUGGCAGAGGGAGAGGGGGGUUGGACACAGGUGGAGGAGCAGGAAGGGGGAGAGGAGCGGGGGGAGGGAUUGGAGAGAGAGUAGGGGGAGGGAGUGGAGGAGGGGGGGGGGGUCUGCCUGGGGAGAGUGAGGAUGAGUAUGAUAGUAUUGACUGGGAGCGGGUGGUGGUAGAGGACAUGCUCGAUAAGCUAUCGAUGCACGAGGUGCUGCUGUACUUUAGGAGAAACCACCUCACGAUUCCGGACACGCGCGCUCAGAUGCUCCAGGCAGUGAAGGCGCAUUAUUUCUUUCUGCGAGGGGAGCUGCAGAAGCAGAAGAACCGGCUAUAUCGCCCCUCCGACUGA